GCACACCCCCUCCCCCGGACUUUGCCUGAAUGUGUGUAUGAGAGCAGUUUCUCUCUCUUUCUGUGCAGGAUGCCAUAUUGAGCGAUUGGAGAGGCUGCAACUCGUGUGGAAAGGGAAGCAACUCAGAGGAACAGAGGCUUUGCACAGAGCCUUAGUAAUAGCGAACCACGAUGGCUGCUGCCCUCGGGAGGAAGCCCUCACAUAAUGAAGAUUUACGAAACUUGAAUCUUGCCGGUCAUGUUGGAUUUGACAGUCUUCCAGAUCAGUUAGUCAACAAGUCAACAACACAAGGAUUUUGCUUUAACAUUCUUUGUGUCGGUGAAACUGGUAUCGGUAAAUCAACAUUAAUGGACACUUUGUUCAACACUAAAUUUGAAAAUGCACCAGCCUCUCACACUGAACCCGGUGUUCGGUUGAAAUCAAGCAGCUAUGAACUACAAGAAAGUAAUGUACGGCUAAAGCUGACCAUUGUCGAUACAGUAGGAUUUGGAGACCAGAUAAACAAAGAAGACAGCUACAAACCUAUCGUUGAAUACAUUGACGCACAGUUUGAAGCCUACCUCCAGGAAGAAUUGAAAAUAAGGCGUUCCUUCUACAAUUAUCCUGACUCAAGAAUCCAUGCCUGUCUCUACUUCAUUGCGCCCACAGGACACUCGCUAAAAUCUCUUGACCUUGUUACUAUGAAAAAAUUGGAUAGUAAGGUGAAUAUAAUCCCCAUAAUCGCCAAAGCAGACACAAUCUCCAAGAGCGAAUUACAUAAAUUCAAGAUAAAAAUCAUGAGUGAAUUGGUCAGUAAUGGUGUGCAGAUUUACCAGUUCCCAACAGAUGAUGAAACUGUUGCUGAGAUCAAUUCGACAAUGAAUGGUCAUCUUCCAUUUGCUGUUGUUGGCAGCACUGAAGAAAUAAAGAUUGGUAAUAAAAUGGCAAAAGCUCGGCAGUAUCCCUGGGGAGUUGUCCAGGUGGAGAAUGAAAGCCACUGUGACUUUGUAAAGCUCCGUGAAAUGUUGAUUCGUGUAAAUAUGGAGGAUCUAAGGGAGCAAACACAUGCACGCCAUUAUGAACUGUACAGACGUUGCAAACUGGAGGAAAUGGGAUUUAAAGACACUGAUCCAGACAGCAAACCAUUCAGCUUGCAGGAGACCUAUGAAGCAAAAAGAAAUGAAUUUCUGACUGAGCUGCAGAAAAAGGAAGAAGAGAUGAGACAGAUGUUUGUCAUGAGGGUGAAAGAGAAGGAGUCUGAGCUGAAAGAAGCUGAGAAAGAGCUUCAUGAAAAGUUUGAUCACCUGAAGAAGACCCAUCAAGAUGAGAAAAAGAAACUUGAGGAUAAGAAGAAAGAUCUUGAGGAAGAAAUGAAUGCAUUCAACAAGAGAAAAGCAGCAACUCAGCUGCUCCAAUCACAGGCUCAGCAAGCUUCCCAGACCACCAAGAAGGACAAGGAUAAGAAGAAGUGGGGAAAGGGGUCCAGAUUGAUGGAGGACUGCCCGGAAUUGGACUCCUUAGCCCAGCCAAGAAGAGAAUCUUGGCCUUCGUUGGAGAAGACUAGGACCACUCCUUUGGAGAUGUUGGGACAUCCAUUUCUCACCAAUCGAAUGUUGCCAUCUUCUCCUCUACCUCCAGUGCAAGCUUCACAUAAGCAACUCUGGCAAGUCAAGGAUGUCACCCUAUCCAUCUGCUUAGCUCUUCUUUAUCUAAUUGUCCUGCUGCCUGUCCCCUUCUGGAUGAGAUUCCUAGGCUAUAGAAGAGCUACAAUGUAUGCACGUACCACGCAGAAGAAUUCUUUCUUGAGUCAUCAUUAUUUCUGCUCCUUCCUGGUCACAUUUCUUGUACUGUGGCUUGUUGAACCUCAGUAUUUUAUAGUUUUGACACAGAAAAAAUAUCCUAAUAAAAUAACCUACUUGUGACAGGAACAAGAUCAGACAGUGUAAUAUUUAGAAACAGUUGAUCUUCUGAAUUUAUGAUAGUAUCUAAUGUUAUUUGUAGAAUCGUUCUUUGCAGCAUCAGAAACCAUGCGCUCAAUGUUCUGUCACUGAUGAUUCUUGCUGUUGUUGCAUUGUUUCAAACUUUUCAAAAGUUUACCACUAUUUCUUUUCUUCAAUCCACAUUUGCAAGUAAACUUAAAUUUCCAAAUUUCUUUAAACAACUAAUGAAAAACAUGUUUUUAGUCAAUCAUAACAGACUCUACUGCAUAAAAUUGAAUUAGCAUGGAAAAACUGAUUGACCCUUUAAUGCAUCACAAUGCAGACACUUAAUAUUUUUAUCAGAGUUUUCGGAAACGGGGAUAAUUAAAGAUGGCCAAGGCUUUUUAUAAGAGACCGAGUUGCAAUUUUAUUAUUAGUUUAUAAGUGUUAAUGUUAUCAUACCAUGACCACUUUAAUAAUAUAUGCCCUAAUAAACAGUUUGUUUUUAGGAUUUUGCAAAAGCUAAUAUGUACAGUCUCUGGAUUUUACCUUGGCCUACUUAAUGCACCAUUUGUAAACUUGACAUCAAUGGAGAAAUUACAUUCUUUUAUUGAUUUAACACAGAUAUUGAUAGCAAUUCUGCAUUAAUAUUUAAGAAAGUUUAAAGUGAAAUAAUAACCAACAAUUAAUAAUUGAUGUAACAGCAUUUAUUCUGAUGUUAGAAGUCAAUAUUGAAGUCAAUAUAAAAGUACAAAAGUUGCACAAAUGCUGCAAUGCUGAGGUGGUCUUGGAUGGAAACUAUCCUAUCACAAUUAUACUGGUUGUUCAGAGGUGCAAUGUUGUUGAUCUAGUACAGUAUGCUUUUCUGUAACCAGCCAUACAUUUGAACCAUUGAUGUGGAGACUGUGAAAUGUUCUGUAAGAAAAUAAACUGAUUUUAAACCACAGCUUCACUCUAA